AUGGCUGCAGCUUCUUGUCUGGGUUCAUCAACUCUAGCUCAAUCAGAGAUUAUUAGGCAUGGUCUGGGUUUUAAGCUUCAGAAUCCCAAUUCACUCACUUUUUCAAGGAGAAAAACCCGGAUGGUGGUAAAGGCAAGUUCUCGGGUUGAUAAGUUUUCUAAAUCCGAUAUUAUUGUUUCACCUUCUAUCCUCUCUGCCAAUUUUGCCAAGUUAGGAGAGCAGGUGAAAGCAGUUGAGGUGGCUGGUUGUGAUUGGAUUCAUGUUGAUGUCAUGGAUGGCCGCUUUGUUCCAAAUAUAACAAUUGGACCACUGGUUGUUGAUGCCUUACGCCCAGUCACAGACCUCCCAUUGGAUGUCCAUUUGAUGAUUGUUGAACCUGAGCAGCGGGUUCCUGAUUUUAUUAAGGCUGGAGCUGAUAUUGUUAGUGUUCAUUGUGAGCAAUCUUCUACCAUUCACUUGCAUCGUACACUUAAUCAAAUCAAAAGUCUCGGAGCUAAAGCUGGAGUUGUCCUGAACCCUGCAACCCCAUUGAGCACUAUAGAAUACGUACUUGAUGUGGUUGAUCUAGUGUUGAUCAUGUCGGUGAACCCUGGUUUUGGUGGACAGAGCUUUAUUGAGAGCCAAGUAAAGAAAAUCUCAGAUUUAAGAAGAAUGUGCGCUGAGAAGGGGGUCAACCCGUGGAUAGAGGUAGAUGGUGGUGUUACUCCCAAAAAUGCAUACAAGGUUAUUGAGGCUGGAGCCAAUGCAUUAGUUGCUGGUUCUGCUGUCUUUGGUGCUCCAGAUUAUGCAGCAGCUAUAAAGGGAAUCAAAACCAGUAAAAAGCCUGAAGCUGUUGCUGUUUGA